UUGUUAUCCGUUCUCGUGUUAAUUAAAGCAAAUAUUGCCAUUGGACAAUCCACAAUCGGCAAUGAAGUGGAAAAAUCUAAAUUGGUACCUUUUCAAGAGAUUGAGGAUCAGUGCUAUGCUUACUGUUUUAAUAUAAUACAACCUGUACUAGAGCAUACAGUGAGCAUACAGGAGAAAGAAAAACAGAUUCAAGAACAAAGCAUCAUUUUAAAGAGUUUAGAGAAACAGUUAGCAGAUUUGCAGGCAAAGGUUGGAAUUUAUGAAGAGGCCAUAAAGAAUAAGGAUCUUCAAUUGGCACAAGAGAUUCUAGCCUUUGAAAAGAGUAAGAAUGAAACUACAGAUAGGGUAAAAAAUUGUGAAGAGGUCAUAAGGAAUAAAGACCUUCAAUUGGCACAACAACUCCUAACAUCUGAAAUAAGUAAAAAUGAAAUUGUACUUAAGCUUGGAAUUUGUGAAGAGACCAUAAAGAAUAAAGACCUUCAGUUGUCACAACAGCUCUUAGCUUCUGAAACGUGUAAAAAUGAAACAAUUGAUAAGAACAACAUUAUUGCGUCAAGGAAUGAAUUACAAUCUCAAAUGAAGGAUAAGCUUCAAAAACUAAUAGUAACAGUGGAGAGCACUCUAGCUUCCAGCUGCAUCGGUAAAUUAAAUGAUAUUUAUGAGAUAAAAGUUCCCGGAAUGGAGGCCUUUUCUGUGUCCUGUGACUCGAGUUUAGCUGGAUCUGGAUGGACUGUCAUUCAACGGCGUAUGGAUGGAUCUGUGAACUUUAAUCGCAAUUGGACAGAUUAUCGUCAGGGAUUUGGUGAUUUGCAGGGAGAGUUUUUUAUUGGACUUGAAAAGCUUUAUUUACUGACACGAUCGCAGCCCCAUGAAUUGUAUAUCUCCCUUACGGACUUUGCAAGUGAGAGACGAUAUGCCAGAUAUAGUGACUUUGUCAUUGGUAGUGAGGAAGAAGCCUAUAAUUUGAAAAUACUUGGAUCGUAUUCUGGAAAUGCUGGUGAUUCAUUAAAACAUCAUAUAAAUUCAAAAUUUUCAACAUCAGAUAGAGAUCAGGAUAUACAUUCGGGAAAUUGCGCUAAAACAUUUAAGUCUGGUUGGUGGUAUAACAAAUGUUAUCAUUGUAAUCUUAAUGGACCUUACGUUAAUGAAGACACUAAUAAGAUUAACGCUAUAAUUGAAUGGAGAGAUUGGAAAACGGACCGCCCUCUGAAAUUUACUCAAGUGAUGAUCAAACCAAAGUCUAGCUAGGUAAAA